AUGGACUCAAUCUACACCGAGCGCUGCAGACGCAAAGCACAGAGCAUCCUGAAAGACAAACACCAUCCAGGUCGUGCUUUGUUUCAAUGGGUGGACUCAGGCUACAACCUGAGGCAUCGCAGGCCGGUGAGCAUCAGUGCCCACAGAACCCGCCUCCACAACAGCUUCUUCCCAGCCACUAACUUACCUGAAGUUGUUACUGACAAUGUUGGAGGUAAGAUCUUUCCUUUUGGCUCCUUUCACCUGGGAGCUCACUUCAAAGGUGCUGAUAUUGAUGCCCUUUGUGUCGGGCCUGGAUUUCUGGAGAGAAAAGACUUCUUCGCCUCCUUCUACGAGAAGCUUAAAGCCCAGAAGGAGGUCACAGACAUACAGGCCGUGGAAGAGGCGUUUCUCCCUGUUAUCAAGCUGUGCUAUGACGGGACUGAGAUAAUUUGUGUGGACUUAGUCUUUGCCCGGCUGCUGCAGAGGUCCGUUCCAGAAAAUCUCAAGGUUUGCAACAAUGAGCUCUUGAAGAACCUGGAUAAACUCUGCGUCAGGAGUCUCAAUGGCUACAGAGUGACAGAGGAGAUCCUCAGCCUUGUGCCUAAUGUGUAUAACUUCAGGCUGACUUUGAGAACCAUCAAGCUGUGGGCCAAACGUCGUAACAUUUACUCUAACAAGCUGGGCUUCCUGGGCGGUGUAUCGUGGGCCAUACUGGUAGCCAGGAUUUGUCAAUUAUUUCCAAAUGCCAUCGCUUCCACCCUGGUGAUCAAAUCUUUCAAGAUCUACUCAAAGUGGGUGUGGUCCGUCCCAGUUUGCUUGAGGGAGGUAAAGGACUGCCGCUACAAUCUUCCUUUAUGUGACCCCAGGGUAAGGCCUCACGACCACUGCCACAUAAUGCCCAUCACUACCCCGGCAUACCCACAGCAGAACACGUCCUACAACGUGUCUCCCUCCACCUUCACAAUCAUAACAGAGGAGAUCAAACGGGGCCACGCCAUCGCUCAGGACAUUCAGCAGGGAAAAGCCACCUGGUCCAAGCUCUUUGAGACUCCAGAGUUUUUUCAGAAAUACCAGCAUUACGUUCUGCUCCAAGCGACGUCCACUACAGACGAGCAGCAUAUUAGAUGGAGAGUACAGAGAACAAACCUGGUGGAGUCUAAAAUCAGACUCCUGGUGGGAAUUCUGGAGAGGAAUGUGAACAUUUCCCUGGCUCACAUUAAUCCACAGCUGUUCCCUGGACCCAGGAAGAACAACAUGUAA